CUGUGAAUGAGCUCUGUGGAGCCGCACGGCAGCUCCCGGUCCUCCCCCCUCCUCUUCCUCCAUCCCUCCCUCCUUAUUGUACAGCUCACCGGGAAAUACGGUGGGCAGGACUGAACCGAGAGAGAGAGAGAGAGAGAGAGAGAGAGAGAGGAAACAGACCUCUCCACGACGCUCCACCGGUGCACCACGGGGUGCGCAUUCAAACUGACCAGCGCGUCUCUGUCACAGCGCAGACACCGUCCUCUCCGCAUCCAUCACCGAGCAGCAGCCUCACCGCAGCCGACCACAGGAGCCGGUGCAGAGAAGAAGACGAGGAGGAGGGAGGAGGUGAUGUUUUCUCCUCAGCUCACUGUGACUGUGAGCUCGGCGAGGGUUUGAGUCUGUGAGGACGCCUCCGCUCAGUCCGGGACUAUCCACCCACUGCUCUAAAACAAGAAGCAACUAAACGUCCUCGCUGUCCUCCACCCGUUCCUUCUUCAUCCGUCCCGAGUGUCAUGGCCUUCACCUUGUCAGAGAUCAUGGCAGCAAGGCGGCAGCAGUCACAGCAGGCUCAGUCGCACACCCAGCGAGGCAACAGGACAGCAGUUGAGGUGGACGAGUAUAGCACCAACCCCACUCAGGCCUUCACCUUCUACAACAUCAACCAGGGACGCUUCCAGCCACCACACGUCCACAUGGUGGACCCAAUGCCCCAUGACACGCCUAAGCCACCAGGUUACACCCGCUUUGUGUGCAUCUCAGACACUCACUCCCGCACCGACUCCAUCCAGAUGCCCUAUGGGGACGUGUUCAUCCACGCCGGAGACUUCACCGAGCUGGGACUGCCCUCUGAGGUCAAGAAGUUCAACGACUGGCUAGGUACCCUGCCCUACGACAUCAAGAUAGUAAUUGCCGGAAACCACGAGUUGACCUUUGACCAGGAAUUUAUGGCGGACCUGAUCAAGCAGGACUUCUACUACUUCCCCUCAGCCUCCAAGCUGAAGCCGGAGAAUUACGAGAACGUCCAGUCGCUGCUCACCAACUGCAUCUACCUGCAGGACUCCGAGGUCACAGUGCGGGGCUUCAGGAUCUACGGCUCCCCCUGGCAGCCCUGGUACUACGGCUGGGGCUUCAAUCUACCAAGGGGUCAGGCUCUGUUGGACAAGUGGAACCAGGUCCCCGACAACACAGACAUCCUGGUCACACACUGCCCCCCACUGGGUUUCCUGGACUGGGUCCCUAAAAAGAUGCAACGUGUCGGGUGCAUGGAGCUUCUCAAUACGGUCCAGAGGAGAGUCCAGCCCAAGUUACAUGUGUUUGGACACAUUCAUGAAGGUUACGGCAUGAUGACUGACGGCACCACAACAUUCGUCAACGCCUCGGCCUGCACUGUCAACUUCCUGCCCAUGAACCCGCCCAUUGUCUUUGACCUUCCAAACCCCAGGACCACAUGACUAGAGGAAGCUGGCCUCAAAACACCUACUGCCAAUCAGGAGAAAGGAGCCAGGAGAGGCAGGUGAAGUCGAUUGGGCAGAACGGACCGGAAUUCUGUAAAUAUAACGCAGGUAUGUGUUUGACGCCGCGCGUACGCACACGCCUGGAGAUGGGGCGGACUAAGUGAGGGCACGGACGCUUCCUCACGCUAUUAAUGUUAAACGAUUUCAUGUGCCAUCAUUUCUUCAUCUCAACACUGAGUCUGAGAGCAGACGAACGGACGAACGGACGAACGGACGGAGGCUCCUACAUGCCGAUAUGUGGACAUUUCUCUGUGUCCUCUUUUACUGCACUGACAAUCUGAUGUGGCUCUUAGAGAGACGGAAAAGACACCCCAGACGUCCCUGUUGGUACUUCAUUUCAAUGAACUGAACACAUUUGGACACAAGUGAAGCCCAGCGCCUCGUCUACAGGAGAGUCUUGACAAAGCCACGACUCAACAGUAGCAACGGAACGUUUGCCAGAGGGAAUCGAACACAACUUUUCUCCCCACACACUUUCAUUUCUCUUCUUUCUCCUCUUUCUUCUCCCAGCCCUCCCGUAUCUUCCCUUCUGUUUCUCUCCCAUCCUCAGGCCCGGAGCAUGCUAGAGUGUGUCUUUUUUGCCAGCGUGUGUGUGUAAGCUCAAAGCGAGCAUGUUAGGGCAGCGAGAGGUCUCUGCCACAGGCUUUGUACGAUUCAGGGUGUCAAACAUGUUGACACCGCUCCCCCGGGCCUCAUUACAGCCCCCAUAAGCCUCUUAACUGGCUGAGAGGAGGUCACAGAGGAAAACGUGGGCAGCUUUUUCCCCUUGUUGUCCUUCCAUGUAGCUCCCCUUCUGCCUUUUCUCCUCUUUUUCAUUUUUUUUCCCGUUCCCCUCCAUCCUUCAUGCUGUGAAUGACUAGCUCGGCUUUUUAGCGACGACUGGGAGGUUGGGGGUGGCGUUCUGGACUUGGAAAGCACAGCAGGUAAAGGUGCUACAUGCCAACGCUACUUCUGGACAGUCGUGCCAACUCAGCUUCUGAGCAGCGGUGGUGCUUUCAACCGCCCCCCUCCACCCCGUGUUAUUCAUGGGAUCCUUUUUUCCAGAGGAAUAAAGCUGUAAUUACAUGUACUGUAACUGGUCUAUGUAAAUGUUCUCUGUCAAUGUAAAGAAAAAAAAAAAGCUUUUCUCGAAGAUUUCUUGAAGUUGUUGCUCUGCUUUUCGAAAAAAAAAAAAUUAAUAAUAAUAAUAUUUGUGUCCAGAAAUGUGUGGUUGUUACAUUUCCUUUGGUCUAUUUCUUAGUAAUGUAAAUGCUUAUUAUGGUAUUUUCUUCUCUGUGAAGCUGCUCGGCCCCAUUUGGUGAUUAUUAACCCUUCAUGUCCCUGAGCAGUUUGUCUGAAAAAAGAGCUUUUCUUUUUUUCUUUUUUUUUACCCCCCUUUGCUCCAUUUUCUGAAUAUGACCGCUCUCUGUAAGAGAGCAUAACAAGACCUCGUCACACUUUGAUCUCCCUGCUCUCCAACAUUAUGUAUGAAUGUUCCCCGGGGCUGCAGUUUACUCCCACUUCACUCGCCUCUCCAGCACAUCAGCAUUCAUUGUGCCAGCUGAUGUCUUAAUGUUCCCAAAUGGGCAUAAGAGAAAAGAGCAGAAUGUCUCACCAAGAAACCCGUGUCCGUGGAUAAUGGUGGGAGGUGUGCACACUUGUUAGAGCAUGCACACUGACGCCUGAGUGUCUGUGCUAAUGUUAAUGUGGAGCAGUUUGAGUUUUUAGGCCCUGACAUUGAGGACAUUUCAGCAGGUCCUCGCUGCUUUAAGGGGCACGUUUAGGUUUAGGAUUAGGUUUAGAAUUAAGAUAAAGUUUAAGAUGUGGUGUAGAGCACCGCAGCUUUAGAAACACAAGCAAAUAGAGACAUCUAGAGCAUUCAGAUACAAAUCUAGAGCUCUAUCCCGGAGCUUACAGAACACAGAAACACAAGCAUAAAUCUGUACAGACAGUCUAUAUCUGCAACAAUAUCAGACCCAGGAUGAUAAAACUGAAAUGCCUUCAUUUGUUAUAUUUCUAUUUGUUUGGAGCCUGUUUCUGAAUAUGUCAAAUUGGUGAAGAGUUCAAAUGAAAGGAUAUUGCUUAUUAACCUGAUUCUUGUAGGCACAAAAGGUGAAAUACUGUAGCUACAAUGCAACCGCAUGUGUACAUCAAGAUGCUGCUUAUUCAGUUCAGUUUUAUUUAUACAUCACCAAAUCAUAACAGAAGUUAUCUCAUGACACUUUCCAUAUAGAACAGGUCUAGAUCAUAGUCUUUAGAAAAUUAUUUACAGAGACCCAACAAUUCCCACCAUGAGCAAGCACCUUCCUUUAAGAGGCCGGUGUUAUGCCGGCAGUCCCAUGGGUGCCGCUUCCAGUUCUAUUAUAUAUCCAUGGUUUAUUGACGAUAAUUGGCUAACGUUAUGGAGUGUGACGAGUAGGCAAAGAGAUUUUAGGUUUGAUGGCUAAUAAUGAACAACAUGAGGCAAACUCAAGAAAAAAACACACAAAACAAAUAAAAGCAAAUAAAGGUAAGACAAAAAUAUAUAUAUUUAUAUAUAUAGAAGAAAAAAUUAAUAAAUAAAAACAGUCCUGUCAUACUCUGUUUUGGUGCUUUGAGUUUAUCUUUUCAACUGUCCACAAUCAUUCAUUCCAGUAAGGUUACCACUUUGGGAUAAGUUUCAGUCGCUGCUAAGCUAACGUACUGUACUGUCAAAAAUUAAGACUUAUUGCAGAAUUUACUGUGUAUUAAAGUUUGUCUUGUCAAGCAGGUACAAACUAUCUCUGCUCAACACUUGUUUAUAAGAAACAAACAGUUGCACCAUUUCAGUAGCAAGCCCCGCUUCACUAAUUGGUUUUGUUGGAUCAGAAAAACAAGCAAUGGUUCGUUAUUGAAUGCCGGCACGAUCCAUCAUUACGAUCGUCUUCAAAGAACCCGGAUUUUAGGCAUGAAGUGGGCAGAAUUCAGAUCAGGGUUAGUCAGUAAUAGUUUGAAUGUUUGUGUUUGUUUGAAUGAAAACACAAACACAUUAAUUUAAUUCAUGCCUACGAAGGAAAAUGUUCCAAGAAAGGAAUAAGGGGAACUAUUUAAAACCAAAAGAUGGGAGGAACUUUCAUCUUUAAGUCUCAUGAAGAGCUGUCUGUUUGGUCUCUCCAGUCCCAGUCCUCAUUUAGAUGUCUCAUUUUGAUGCUCUUCUGCUUCAAUAGACGUGUUAUGUGUUUCCUGUUUUUUCCAAGAGAAAAAAAAAAGUGAUGUACUAUUUCUUGAUUUAUUUCUUCAGGCAUGCUUAAAGGAGUUAAUGACUUCUGCUACUCAGACAAUCUGCAUAUGAAGAGUUUUGUUCCAAAAUGAGAUAUGUACCAUUUGAAAGAAGUGGACGCCUACACAUGCAGAAUGAUUGACAGCUGAAACUUGAAAGCAGAUUGUGGUGGUACUUUUGGACUGUUAGUAACUUUUGUCCUUGGUAACAUGUUUACUGGCUGGAUCCUCUGUAUUUCGACAGCAUUGGAUGGUUCAAUUCAGGUCUUUUUUCAAAUGGAUGUAUAGCAUUUUGGAAUCAAAGUGUUCAUAUGGUGUUGUAUUUUGCCAUUGUUGUUGGGGACUUUUACAUUUUUUUAAACUGUAAAACAAAAAAUGAAGACCCAACAGCUGCAAAGUUUGACUGUGUUGCUCCUGGAGACAACUCUGAAAAUGUAAAGUACCUUUCUUUCUUAAAACCAUAAGGAUUCUGCUGGUUCUGAGAGAUUAUUCAAGCGAUUGAAUAAAACCUUAUCUGUGA